UUUUUCGGAUUCUUUUCCAUUAUAGGUUAUUACAAGAUAAAGUAAGCAAGAUUAGGAAUUGGGCUUUGGGCACAUUACAUUUGAGAAUCUAUUAACAGCCAACAAAGGUACUGAAUAAGCGUUUGGACAUUAAAUUUGGAGUUCAGUGGCGAGGUCAGAGGUGGAGAUGCAAACCUGGGAGUCAUCAGUUUAUUAAUAUAGUUUAAACCCAGAGCUCACCUAGAGAGUAAAUUAGAGAAGAGAUUCAAGGACAGCCCUUGGGCACAUCAAGGUUAAGAGGCUUGAGUAUAUGAAAAGGAUGCAGCAAAGAAGACCAAGAAAGCAACCUGUGAGUUGGUCAUAAUGGCAGGCGAAGAAAUUAAUGAAGACUAUCCAGUAGAAAUUCAUGAAUAUUUAUCAACAUUUGAGAAUUCCAUUGGUGCUGUGGAUGAGAUGCUGAAGACCAUGAUGUCUGUUUCUAGAAAUGAGUUGUUGCAGAAGUUGGACCCACUUGAACAAGCAAAAGUGGAUUUAGUUUCUGCUUACACAUUGAAUUCAAUGUUUUGGGUUUAUUUGGCAACGCAGGGAGUUAAUCCUAAGGAACAUCCAGUAAAGCAGGAAUUGGAGAGAAUCAGAGUAUACAUGAACAGAGUCAAGGAAAUAACAGACAAGAAGAAGGCUGGCAAGCUGGACAGGGCUGCAGCUUCAAGAUUUGUAAAAAAUGCCCUAUGGGAACCAAAACCUAAAAAUGCAUCCAAAGUUGCCAAUAAAGGAAAAAGUAAAAGUUAACCUUUUGGUUUUGAUGUACACAUAUUCAAAAAGUACAUAAUUUUUAUUGUUUUCCACCAAAUAGAUGAUGAUUAUGUGGCAUUGUAAGGUUUAAAUGUAUUCCAUAUUGAAUUCGCGUGUAAAAUUUGCAUUUUAAAUUUGUAAUGCUAAAUACUUUUCCCCCAGAAAGAUUAAGUUAUCCUUAUUGAUUUUCCUAUAGAACAUUAUGUGGUUUUUUUUAACAUUGUGGUAUAUUUUAUAUUUAUAGUUUACUGUCUCUUGACAAGACUCUUAUUUCUUUACAUAGGUCAAUUUUUCAAGUGCCAUUUUAUAAGCAACUAUGAAAUUUAAGUUAAAUGUUCUUUGCAAACAUUUGUCUAUUUUCGAUGAAUAAUGAUUUUAUGAAGUAUGCUGAAGUUUUAAAUACAUCUGUUUUCACUAUAUAAUAUUAGGAAAGAAAGAAAUGGCUUAAAUGUCCAUUUUUUUCUGUGAAGUUAUUUCAUUAUGCUUUCAUGAUUUUGGGAAUUACUGCUUUUUGUGAUAUUUGAAGUAUGAAAUUAAGAGUUAUAAGGUUCUUUUUUUAAUUCUUGGCGCUUUGCCACUAUGUCCCAUUUAAAGUAAAAUAUAUUCUCAUUAACUUUAGAUGGGAAAUGAGGUUGUAUAUUGAUGGCUGAACUUUGGCAUAAUGGCUAUACCCUACCAAUAAAGCUGUAGAUGUUGUGUA